CCCAAAUGGGGUCAUGAAGAGUCAGACACCACUGAAAAACAACUGAACUGAACAACAACACACCUACUUCCCUCAAAACAUGUAUAGUCAUCAUGGAGAUAGCACAAGGUAGAGAAGCAGGGUGGCAUAGUGGAAAGUACACUGGCCUCCGAGUUAGAGGAUUCUAGUUAGCUUUGCCACUAACUAGUGAGUGGUAUUUAAGAGGAAGCUAGAUGACUCUGAAGGAUUCAUUCACUGGGUAGAGGUUGAACUAAUUGACCUCUUAGUUCCCUUCUAAAUCAAAGGAUUCUAGUGACAUGACCCUAAAUAAGUUAGUUUAUGAAUCUAGGCAUCAGGUUUAUCUGGUAAAAUGAAGGGGGGGUUGGACUGGAUCAUUUCUAAGGUCUCUCUUCCAACUAAAACUUCUGACUCUGGUGACCACAUAGUAUAUGAGGUGGCAGGACGGACGGAGAUGAUACACAUGGAUGCAUAGCAAAGUGCCUCACACAUCGUAAGCAUUUGAGGGGAGAGUUUUGGUCCAGACCUAUGAUCUCAUUGGUGUGGGGUUCUCCAUGUAAGUAAAUACCCUCCACCACUAUGACUGUUCUGCAGCUUCUGAGUCUUAAGAAUGUUGGGGGCACUAAUAAACUGAGUGACUUACCCAGGAUCGCAUGAUCUAUAUCAGAGGCACAGGACCUAGAGGGGCUUUCUGACUGAAUCAAUUUAUCUGCCAAAUUAAUGUUUAUUAAUUAUAGGUAUGCACAUACGCUACAUUUUCAUUGCAUCUCCAGAAGAUACAUAGUCUGUCCUUCCACUUAGUCUUUGUAUUGCUGGUCCUUUCAUGUUUAGUUUUUCCCACCAUUCCCCUAGUCUUGCCUCUAGUAGCUGAAAAGGCAGGAGUCCAGUUUACUAAGCUGGUAUUGGUAUUUAUUUCCAGUUUCCAAGCAAAUAAAGUUUGAUAAGCUGUUUCCAUUUCAGAGCAUUUUUACAAGCUGACCAGCAAGCCUAGGUGUUGACUGAUCAGAUCAAGUUAAUUCCUUGUGGAAUAUGUGGGCUACAUUGGGCAUGUUGAUGGCUGGUUAUUUCUGGCCCAUCACUAAUACAUGAGGGACAGAAAAGACAUGGCACCCCUGGGUAUGUGAGCUCAAUCAGUGAUUAGAAAUGUGCCAUGACCUCUGUUCAUUCAGAGAACAGGAUUUGACUACAAAGUCCUGAGGAAUAGGAUGGAAUGACUAGCCCUGAAUCAUAAGUACUGGGACUGGAAGAUAUGGAGACUGUAGACCUGAUGGACAAUCUGAAGUCCCUGCAAUUUGAGCAAGGGGUUCAAGAGGAAGAGACCCCUUGGCUGUUUCUUCAGAGCCGUUCCCGAGGAUUAAUGAUCCAAGCCUGUGCCCAUGCAGCAUUUUUCUGCAGACUGCUCCGGGCCUUGAGGAAAAUGGAUGGGAGCACCUCAGUCUCGAUGCUACCAUCAGAGGAGGAGGAGGAAGACCCAUAUAAAAAACCUUCCAAAAGAGAUCUAAAAGUGGGCAUCAUUGGAGGUGGACGACUGGGAAAGCAGUUGGCUCUAGUGUUACUCCACUGGGCCUCCAUCCCUGCCCAGAGCCUUCACAUCUCCACUCGGAGGCCAGAGACCCUAAAUGACCUCCAGAAAAUGGGGAUCCAGUGCUUUUACCACAACUGUUUUCUGGUAGAGUGGGCUAAUCUGGUCUUCCUCUGCUGUCUGCCAUCCCAGCUGCCUCAUAUUUGCUUGGAAAUCAACACUAGACUAGCGAAAUCCUGCAUUGUGUAUAGCCUGGUUACUGCUGUCCCUCUGCCUAGGCUGAAGCAGCUGCUAUGCCACCCCACUAUCUUGCGCCCCCAGUAUCAGUGUGCUGAAAAUUAUAUUGAUAUAUGGGGGUCCAAUGAGGACAUCAGGUCUGCACUUCAAGAUCCUGAGAUAGUUCAGGCCACUUCUCCUUACAGCACAAAUGGAGGAAUAACUCUCAACAUCAGGUGGCUGGCGGCAGUCUUCUAUGCAGCCCUAAAUAUCUGCACGUUACGGGAAAUACCUUACCAACAAGGGCUGAAGGUACUCAGUGACUUGUGUCUCUCUGUGCAUCCGCAGACAUGUGGAAAGGAUAAGACUAACUGCCCAAGAUUCACUGUCACAGACUUUGUCAACCAAGCCUUUGCCAACACCCUAAAUCCUAGCAAUGUUUUCCCUUGGUUUGACUUGAUCACUGUGCAACUCAAGGAAACUCCCUUUAGCCAGCACCUAGGAAAAAGUGUGAUUCUUCAGGAACACUUAACUGUUCUUUACUCUGCUUCAUUUGGUAUCUCACUUUCCCAAGAAACAGAAGAAGAGAAAGAAGGAGAAGAGGAAGAAGAGGCUCCAGGCCCACAGUCCUGAAAGUCACGUUUUUCAGCUGCUGGGGGAAUCUUCAGACUGACCAGCAUGAUCUGCUUCCCAGGUCAGCCCCUUAAAUGGGACGGCCGUUGACUUUCACUGCUGGCAGUAGCGGCUGCUUUAUUUAGCAUUAGCUUGUUGGUAGAUUUACAAAAAUAGAAAGGUUUUGAUUAAUUUGAUGAUUAAUACCAAGCCGAGAAGGUGAAAUAUGUCAUAGUAUUGUGUUUGCCACAAACUGAGUGCUAAGGAAAAGGAAAAAUUGCACUAUUGGCUCUCAGAAUUGUAAGACAAAACCAUAUAUUCCCUCAAUCAGUGGUGAAUUUGGCUGCUGCAGAUCUCCAGUAUAACCUAAGCGUCCUGGCUCACCUAAGAACACAGUCUCUUGAUACUGACUCUUGUUCAAAAGUCUAAAUUUAGACAAUUCCAAUGUCAAUAUAGUUACAUUGUGCAACAUCUUUCCCAAAGCAGUCUAUAGGAAUAUAUUUAGAAUAAGAAAAAUGGAUGGAUAUGACAACACUGUGAUAAAAUAAAGAGAUGGGGCAAACCAGUUGACCAAGUUCUGAUUCUCUUCAUGCUUUUUAUUUCAACUAGAUAAGACUUUAUUUUUGUCUUGUCCUGUCAAAAGUUGUUUCAAUGAACCAUUCUUUUUAAGUAGGUUAUAUUUAUUUUAAUAAGUGCAAAUACAUUUACUUCCUAAAUGUGUUAUAAAUCUUUCCCCCCCCAAUAAUAAUGAUAACAAAAUAAAAAACAACAGUAGUAAUAGUAAUGGUGUCAAGGUUGGCAGACAAGAUGACAUGGUAUGGUCUGAGAACUCAGACUCUGAAACAAAAUUAUUCAGUGUAAAUGUAAAUUUCCAUGGUAUUAGGUUAAUCAUUUACAUGUUGGCUUUUGCAUAAUUGUGAGCCAGCCAAGCUCAGUGGCGUGAUGUUAGAGCACUUUUAGACUAAAUCUUGUUAGCUGAGUAUGGGAGGAAAUUAGCUAUUUCAUUCAAAUGUAAUGUCUGGCAUGAAUGCCAAUCUGAGAAACGGCUUCUUCUCUCUCAGUUGGAGGAAAUAAUAUAUUGAAUAUUCAGCCAAAUGCUAGGAUUUUUGAGUAGUUGUCACAGACCCUUCUGGCUUAGUAUAGCCCCAGAAGAGUUUUAAGAUUUUAAAAGUAAAAUGGAGGACAAAGAACAGUAAAAGUUUAUGAAGCCAUAUUGGUGUCUUAAUUCAGUUUUAGCAGCAAUAGUUGACUUAAAAUUUCUUCUGAGAAGAAAUCAUGGAUGAGUGAACCUUAACCUAGUUGCCGUUUAAGACAUGCUUGAGCAACACUACAAAGUAUAGUGUAUUAGGUAAACUCGAGGCCCAAAUCUAUAAUAAACGACAGAUUUCAACCCA